UUUGCUGUGGACUUUAGAUCCCUUUCGGAUUAAUUAUAGUUGUUGGAAAUUCAGUUUUUUUUUUUUUUUUUCCCUUCAAGCCUCAUUGAAAUGAUGAAAUGAAACUAAUACUUUUAGAUAAAACAGUAAUAACCAUUAUUCUUGGUUAUACAUAGUUUGGAACGGUUGUUUUAGGUUUUAAGUGGAUCUGGAUUUAUGGUGGCAUGGGAUUAUGACUUGUAGUGAUGUUGUUUCUACCUUUGUUCAAAUUUCUAAACAUUUUCAGUUUUAUAAGGCAUAGUUUCAGAACUGGCAAUUUUGUCCUCAUUUUUAUAAAUCUCUUUCUUCAUUGUUUCUCCCAGUGAUCACAAAUGGAAAAUUUAUUUUAGUUUGAACAAAUUUAUUCAAUGAUGUUUCUAUUAUUUACUUAUGUUUUCUCUAAUUCAAGCUGUUGUCUCCUUGUUGGUCGUGUGUUUGUCUCAAAAAGUUGGAUCGAUACAAUACAUUGAAGGAAAAAAAAGAAAAAGAAAAGAAGUACAGAGGAAGGGCUUUGAGCCCUUUUCUAUUUUCGAUCUAAGGAAUGACUCAAUUAGAAUUUCAUAAUUCGAGCGGCAAGAUAAGCAAUUUCUCACAGCCCUAGAAUUUACCCCUUGUUGUACAGUAGCUUCUGUUUUCUCCUUUAGCUAAAUUUCUCUUCCCCCCUCACUGUCUCCUUUCUUAACACAUUGGUUUUUUAGGUGAUUGGUGUCACAUAUUUUCACACACAUAUGUUCAUUCUUUUGUGCUAAAAUCUUAGAUGAAACGUAUAUUAUGAGUGGGUACACACACAAAGAGGCCUGAUUUUGCUAACGGAACGAGAAUGUAUCAAUGAAAAUGGAACUACUUUUAGAAAUGAUUAUCUAAAUGGAUCAAGAGGCUGCACGAACUGCUCGAGAAUCACUAGACCUUGCAUUUCAUAUGUCUAAUGUACUUGAUGCUGGGAUCGAUCGGCACACUCUCUCUGUCCUCAUUGCUCUCUGUGACAUGGGUGUGAACCCUGAAGCUCUGGCUGCUGUGGUCAAGGAAUUACGGCGGGAGCCACCCUCAUCAGACACCAUCGUAUCCAGUAACAAGUCAUAAGUUCCCCAAGCAAAGAAACAACUUUGUUCUUCUGAUGAAAGUUGAAAUACAAAUGUGUAUUUUUAACAAUGUUUCUAUAUAUGUAGCUUGCUUGAUGGCAUCUUGUGAUAGAUGUGGGCUUGGUGUUUAGAAUGUUCAAUUUAUUCAUAAUCUUGUGUUCAUCCCUUCUUCUCCAUUCUGUUGCUUUACAGAUUGCUUGUUUAGCUGAUUUUGUCAAAAUAACAGAAUUGGCACACAUGUAUUCUAUA